AUGAAGUUGAGAGCGGCCUUCCUGGCCUUCAGCCUUGCCAGUCUGGGUAGAGGACAACAGAGCGUUGGAGCAGAUGGUGUCACCACUGUUUCUAGUGCGAACUGUACAGCUACGGGGACUCAAACUUAUGCCUACACGGAUCCUUCGGGUAUAGCAUACAGAUAUAUCUGUGGCGCAAGUGCGAACGGCAAUGCUGUUACUCAAAUUUCGGUGUCUAACUGGACCGGCUGCUUCGCUGCUUGCGAUAGUUACGUCAACUGUACAGGUUUUACAUACAAUGCCGGCGCAAACUUGGGCGCGGGAACAGGAAACUGCGCCAUCAAGACCGUAAACCCUAACACUUUCUCAAACACAGGCACAGCCAAUCUUGUAGCAACUCGCAUUGCUGCCGUUAUGCAGCGAUAUGUCCCAUACAUACCAAAUUUUGCCUGUCCAGCACAAAAUAGUCAGGUCGUAACCGAUCUGAGCGGAGUACCAUAUCUAAUAGGCUGUGGAAACGAUUCGAACGGCGCAGUAGUCGCUACGGUACAAGCACCAAACAAUUUUGAUGACUGCUUCUCAUCAUGCGACGCAUAUACUGCCACUGUUGCGCCCUCAAUUUGCAACCUCUUUGUCUAUGUCGGUCACUCUAACGGUCUCAACGACUCCUUCGUCGACUUCUUCUUCAUUUUUAUCACCAACAUCGACCCCCGCCGUCACCAGCAGCAGCAGCAGUUCUUCGGUCUCGAGCAGCAGCAGCUCAUCUUUGUCAAGUUCCUCCUCUUCCAGCAUAUCGAGCAGCAGCAGCUCAUCUUCAUCAAGUUCAUCAUCAUCCAGCAGCAG